CAGUGACGUACAUCCCGGCGCUGCCGCGCCUGUAGGCGGAAACGUCGAGUCGUUGGUUGGGCCCGUCGCUCGCUUCACGGCGCGGGCUCUUCCGUGGCCGCCAUGGCGUCGGAGCGGCCGCGGGAGCCCGAAGGCGAGGAUAGCAUCAAAUUGUCAGCCGAUGUCAAACCAUUUGUCCCUAAGUUUGCUGGGCUCAAUGUGGCGUGGUCAGAGUCCUCAGAAACACGUGUCUUCCCAGGCUGUGCAGCCAAUUACUACCCAUUUGUGCAGGAAUCACCGGUGACUGAACAAAAAGUUUAUCCUGAAGACAUGGCCUUUGGAGCCCCUGCAUUUCCAAGGCAGUACGUAUCUUCUGAGAUAACACUGCAUCCGUUUGCCUAUUCCACUUAUGCCCUUGAGUCUGCACAGAGUGUCUGCUCAGUGCCAGCCCUGCAGUAUGAUUACAGCCAACCUCAGUGUCACCCAGGCUUUCGGACAGCAAAGCCCCAAAAUGAGUACACGUGUCCUCCUCAGGAAGCAAAAGGUGUAUUUAAGAAAAGAUCCUCCGAUGAGAGAAGGCCAUGUGAUGAGCUAAAGUCAAGCAACAGAAGGGCCGACAGUGCAGUGGCACCCGAGAUGAGACCGGCUAGAGGGUCCUGUCAUCUGGCCACUCGUGCCGAGAGCAGUUUGAGAGCAGAUGGUUAUCACAAGCGAACAGACCGAAAAUCCAGAAUCCUUGCAAAAAGUGUGUCUGCCACCAAGCCUGAAUUUGAAUUUAGCAGGUUGGACUUUCCUGAACUUCAGAGUCCAAAGAACAGUAAUGUGCAAGAGACACAGAAGCAGGCCCGGUGGGGACCGCUUGGCUCUGCUGCCAGUAACAUGUCUCUCCUGGGAGAUGUACGCAAGCCAGUUGCAGAGAUGGUAGAGGGAAAAAUGGUGAAGGCCAAUCACACAGAUGGAGCUGUGACUGACAGUGCUGCCACCAGUGCCCCUUCAUGUACACGAGCAGAGUUAUCUUGGACACCAAUGGGUUAUAUUGUUCGGCAGACAGUGUCUUCAGGAUCAGUGGCAGCAACUGAAAGCGUUAGCUCUGUGAUGAAUCUAAAGAAGACUGCUUCAUCAGCUGAUGCUAAGAAUGCCAGUGUGACAUCUGAGGGUUCAUCUUCAGAUCCCUCCUACAACAGGGAGAAGUUUGUUCAUCCGGUUACAAAGGCCAAAGCAUUACAAGGGGGAGACCUCGAACAAAAUGAAACCUCAAGAAAGAAUAAGAAAAAGAAAGAAAAGUCUAAACCAAAUUAUGAAGUCCUGACAGUUCAGGAGCCACCAAGGAUUGAAGAUGCCGAGGAAUUCCCCAACCUGUCGGCUGCAUCUGAAAGAAGGCACAGAGUAGAAUCCCCGAAACUUCAGAGUAAACAGCAGGUGCAGAGUGAUUUUAAAAGUGGUGGAAAGAAGAGCCAGACCCCGGUGCAGCUGGACCUGGGGGGCAUGCUGGCAGCGCUGGAGAAGCAGCAGCAGGUCCCGCAUGCCAAGCCAUCCUCCAGGCCCGUUGUGUUCUCAGUUGGAGCAGUGCCAGUUCUUUCCAAGGAUGCCUCCUCGGGUGAGCGAGGUCGCCGCUCCAGUCAAGUGAAGACCCCACACAACCCUUUGGACUCCAGCGCCCCCCUGAUGAAGAAGGGGAAGCAGAGGGAGAUCCCUAAGGCCAAGAAGCCCACCUCACUGAAGAAGAUAAUUUUAAAAGAACGGCAAGAGAGAAUGCAGCAGCGACUCCAAGAAAGUGCUGUGAGCCUGCCUGUGGCCAGUGAUGAUGCACAGGACACAGAGGGUGGCGCCAGUGACCAAGCCCCCCGGCAAGUCCACCCCACAGGCCCAGAGAAGACAGAAGAAUCAGUGUCUUCUACACCUGUGAUUGAGGGUGAAUCAGAAGAGUCAACCGGCACAGAGUUCCAGAAGGACCCAGAGGCCUGCCCGCCUGCCCCUGGCAGUGCCACCUUCCCCAAGAUCCACAGCCGGAGGUUCCGGGACUACUGCAGCCAGAUGCUUAGUAAAGAAGUAGAUGCUUGUGUCACGGGACUGCUCAAGGAACUGGUGCGCUUCCAAGACCGGAUGUACCAGAAGGAUCCUGUCAAGGCCAAGACCAAACGCCGGCUUGUGUUGGGGCUGAGGGAAGUCCUGAAACACCUGAAGCUCCGGAAGCUGAAGUGCAUCAUCAUCUCUCCCAACUGUGAGAAGACACAAUCCAAAGGUGGACUGGACGACACGCUGCACACCAUCAUCGAUUGUGCCUGUGAGCAGAACAUCCCCUUCGUGUUUGCACUCAACCGCAAGGCACUGGGGCGUAGUCUGAACAAAGCGGUUCCUGUCAGCAUCGUGGGAAUCUUCAGCUAUGAUGGGGCCCAGGACCAGUUCCACAAAAUGGUUGAGCUGACCAUGGCGGCCCGGCAGGCAUAUAAGACCAUGCUGGAGACGGUGCGGCAGGAGCUGGCAGGACAGCCUGGGCCUCAGGCCCCUCCCAGCCCACCCAUACAGGGCCCCAUCCAGUCCACUGAAGAAGGCACCCUCGCCUCCACUGGAAAGGAACCACACUACAUUGAGAUUUGGAGAAAACACCUGGAGGCGUACAGUCAGCUGGAGGACUCACUGGAGGCGUCAACCUCUCAGAUGAUGAACUUGAAUUUAUAGAAGAGUUCUUGCCUGUGUGUCUGUGUAUUGGGUAAGGAUGGGAGAGGCAGGAAAAAGACUUCCUUCUCAAUUCUUUACUGACCUGAUGUAGUUUAUAUGACUGUAGAGUUGGAAAUUCACUGCCUAAGGGCAGCGGAAGCAGCUGGUAUAGCACUGCGAGUCCAUCAAGUGGACACAAAUAGACUCAUGAGAGCCUUCCCCAGGGACCCGUGAUUGAACUUGGCUCUCCCUGUACACUGGACCUGGAAAAUGCUGGAGAAGGUGAUCCUGGGUCCUGUGCUGACCAGGAGACACUCCAUUACAGAGCCAAUAACCCAGUGACGGGAAGGACGGGACUGUGCGCCCUGGGGGACUGUGGAGGGAGGGCCCUUUCUCGGGGGUUGGAGCCCUGCCACUUUGUGCUGCCAAGGAUUUGCUAAAAUGAGCCUCAGAAGAAAAUUAGUUUCUAACAUGACUUUGACAUAAAUUAAUCCUUUUAGUUUUUAUUUUCCAAAGAAGCCGUAUAUAUCAAAUUUGUAGAUUCCAGUUUGGUAUCUACAAAUCUUUUUAAUGAACAUAUGAUGAAUGUGGUUUCUGUCUUAGAGGACAGAGCUUGCUUGCGUAUUUUCUCUGCAAGUGAGAGGGCUUAUUUAUUUUGAAUAAAGAGUGAUUAUUUAAUUUCA